ACCUGGCAUACGAUAAUAUGUUUUGUGACACGUACGUUUUGGCUUGAGUUUAAAAAAAAAAUUAAAAAUAGAAGAGCAUAUCGAGACACAAAUUUUAAAUCUUUUCUAACAUCUGGCUUCUAAAUGUUUGAGAGAAGAUGAUAGAUAUGAGCUCUAACCUGACAUUUCAAGAUUCCCAUACAGUGAAAAUGACCGAAGGAGAAAGAUGGUUGGCAUCUAUGACAUACAGCCUCUUCGUAGCCCUUGCCAUUGUGUGUUUGUUUUUGCAGUACCUGGCACAACGUACUAAAUCCCAAGUGUCCUCAGGAAACAACAAACACUUUCUACAGUUCCAGAAGAAGUACUUCAUAGUUUACUUUUUAGCUUUGUUUGGAGACUGGCUUCAGGGACCUUAUGUCUACAAGCUCUACAGUCACUAUGGAUUUGUCGAAUCCCAGAUUGCAAUGUUAUAUGUGGUGGGAUUUGGUGCGAGUGUUUUGUUUGGAACAGGAACAGGAGCUCUUGCUGACCGAUUUGGACGGAAAAAAAUGUGUAUAUGUUUUAGUAUAAUGUAUUCUCUGUGUUGUUUAACAAAACUUUCCCCAAAUUAUUAUGUAUUAAUGCUUGGUCGAUUUUUGGGUGGGAUUUCAACUUCUUUGCUCUUUUCAACUUUUGAGUCUUGGUAUGUUUAUGAACACACACAAACUUAUGAUUUUCCUACUGAAUGGAUUUCGGUAACAUUUUCUAAGGCUACUUUCUGGAAUGGCAUUCUUGCUAUUAAUGCUGGUGUUGUGGCAGACUUGACUUCUGAGUGGUUUGCAUUUGGUCCAGUUUCUCCCUUUAUUGUUGCCAUUCCAUUUCUUCUCCUAAGUGGGGCUCUAGUUGCACAGAUGUGGAAUGAAAACUUUGGUGACCAAACCACACACUCAUUUAAAGCUUGUAUGGAAGGUCUGAGCUUGAUUCUCUUGAAUGAGAAAAUUUUGCUGCUAGGUAUUGUUCAGUCAGUGUUUGAAAGUGCUAUGUACAUUUUUGUCUUUCUUUGGACACCCAUUCUUGACCCUGGAAAGCCCCCUCUUGGGAUGGUAUUUUCAGUUUUUAUGAUUUGUAUAAUGAUUGGGUCAUCAGUGUACCAGUUACUUUCUGCCAAACAUGUGUCUUCUCAGAAGAUUCUUACUCUGGCUGUAUUUCUGUCUUUCUUUUCAAUGUGUUUAUGUGUUAUAUCAACAAAUCCCCAGGAUCCAAAACUUAUGCUUUCUUUUAUAGCAUUUUUGGUAAUAGAGAUUUCUGUUGGCUUAUACUUUCCAUCUAUGAGUUAUCUUAAAAGUCAAGUGAUCCCAGAAUCACAUCGUGCCAACAUUAUGAACUGGUUUCGAGUGCCAUUGAAUAUUAUUACUUGUCUAGUACUUCUUUGGUUACAUACAGAAGAUAGUAAGGCUGGUAAUCGCAUUAUCUUUGUUGAUUGUUCCCUUAUGAUGUUUAUUGGUGCUCUCGUGAUGUGGAGGUUAGAUUCCUUGUUGGCCCACGAAGAUGUGACAAAAGGUGGCAAAUCUAGUUUUCAUGAAGAGGUCUGACCUUUCCGUUUCUUUCAACACAAGUUUUCCCUUGUUUUUUUCACAUUUUCAAACUCUUUGGUAUCUAGUCCAUUGUCUUCUCACAAUGUGUUUCAAUUUCACCUUUUCAUACAAACUUUUAAGGUUUUUGAUAGCGUUUACCUUAUUAUUUAAUUUCUGUAGAAGUUAUUAAAUUUCAUUGCGACUUUUCAUCAGCCUCAGUGUAAUUUUGUCAAUUUUAACAAAUUUAUUGUACCUGGAACAGUAUGAAUGGUAAUGGAUAAAUUGGCUGCAUAUGUACUUAAGUUUAUGUUAGUUACAAAAUUUUAACCGUAUAACCUGGGGCUCUGUGUUUUCUUUAUUCUUAGAAAUUACAUGAUUUCUAAUUUUUUUUAAAAGGUUAACCCUUGGUUGAAGCACUGUUAUCUGUGAUAUGUGUAAGCCAGUUUAUUUUUCAUAAAUAUUGUGCAUCAUUGUAUUCAAGGAAUAUAUUCAAGUUUAUUUACAGGUAAUAAUAUACUAAUUUAAAGUAGAAGCAUUUAUAUAAAAUUUAAAGAAUGUUGUAAAUAUCACUUAUUUUGGUAGAUUUGAAUUUUAUUUAAAAUUGGAUGCUUCACCCAUUAUCAAAAUGCAAGGUGUAUAAAGAAAUAUUAUACUUUCAUUACCGUAACAAUAUUGCUUCCUUUUUUGUGCAGUAAUGAAUUUAAGUAAGAGAAAACUUUUUUUUUAUGAAUUGUAGUUCUACCACUGACUUUCAAUUUUGUUAGCAGUGUUUAAUGUUGACUAAUGAUUGCUUACUUGAAAGGAACGAGAAUGUACAUGUUAAUUUUAGAAUUUCUGAGAAGUACUUAUGUAAAUCAGUAAGCUGAGUGUUUGUGAUUUUUUUUUCAAAUUCAUAAUUUUAAUAUGCAAUUAUUGAUUCAAAAUUCAAAAAUAUAGAUUAUUAUUCAAUUACAAAAUAUAUUGGUAUUGCAUUAUUAAUUUACUGAGAAUAAAUAGUUUUUCUAGAAAAAAACAUUAAUUUACUUUGACUUUAUGAAAGAUUUAGCAUACCAGAACAUUUAUUCUUUUUUUUUAUUACAAUUAUAUUUAAUUAACCAGUUCUACAACAGACUUUGUGUCAGUACUUACAUAACUGCAAAGAAAGUUAGAUGUUAUAAACAGAAUUGGGUUUUUAAGUAGUUUUAUAUAGCUUCUAAUGCAUAUGGGAAAUUAACAAGUUUUUAUUUAGGGGUUGGAGAUGAUACAAUUAAAAUUUAAAACCAGAAUAGUUAUUUGUCCAGGAGAAAUAAAACAAAAAGCUAACCAAAAAAUAACUGGGGCUCAAAAUUAAUAAAAUAAGUACACAUUAAAGAGAAAUAGAAUAUAAUUCUAAGUGAACAAAAAAGAAAAAAAAAAAAAGAUAGUAAAAACA